AUGGAUUGGAGGCGAUUCCUCGCUUGGAAUGUGGCUACGUGCUUGUCGGCACUGCUUGGAAAGCUUCUUUGGAGUGAUGGACUUGAUGUGUUUAGAAUUUGUAUCUCUUUUAUGACUGGAUGCCUUAUAACAGCAUGGGUUGGGAAGUGGGCUCAAGGAUUUGAUUUUGUGACUCUGGGAGUGUCUCUAUGGAUAUCCUGGUUUCUUGGAGGGCUGGUUUUCGACCAUAAGGAUAUCGCCGAGGGUGCAAUGUAUCUGGUUGCCCAACCUACUGUCGCCGUUCUUGUAACAAUUUCGCUAGUCUUGAUAUGGAAGAGGCGAAGCAAGGCGGACUCAUCGCUGAACCGAAAGCUCUUCUUGGAUGAACCCGUAAUUGUCAUAGCAUUCCUCGUAUUUUCCAUAUCUAUUACUGCAAUCGUUGGACUUGUUAUGUGUGCCAUAUUCCACAAAUUAACUCUAGAUAGCUUCCUUGAAUUUUGGAGUUCUGAAGCGGUGGGACUUAUUGUGACGUUGCCCGCUCUUUUGCAAGUGUUUCAGACUGAUUGGGGGAGUCGUUUGCACUGCAAUUGGAGGAAGGCAAUUCCAGCUGCUCUUCUAUCUGCCACAGAAUCAGUCGAGAAGCAAGUCGAGGAACGCACUGCUGAACUAGUAAAAGCCAACCAAGAAAAGACUGAUUUCAUGAGUUUCUUAUGUCACGAACUGAGAAGCCCGUUACACAUCGUACGAUCUAUGGCUGAUAUGGCCCUGAUUGAUGAUUCGGGCAGUGAAUUCGCCAAGGCAUCAAGCACUGCAGCACAAUACAUGACUGAUCUAUGUAACGAUGUCCUUGAUGCUGCCAAACUCAAAAGUGGAAAGUCUGAUAUUAAGCCCAAAUGGAUGAAUCUACCUGCCGUGUUAAGAGACCAAUGCCACUCUUUCUCAAAUCAUGCUAUGACGCUCGGAAUCAAUCUACAAUAUCAUUGUGAUUCAGAUGUGCCAGAGAGAGUCUACACUGACGAUUUACGGUGGAGGCAAUGUCUUACGAAUCUGCUUGCCAAUGCUUGUCGAUUCACCAAAGCUGGUGGUAGUGUUGAUGUUUAUCUACACCAUAUCCGCGACAGUGCAAUUCCUCCGGAUCACGUACGAUUGAGGUGUGAUGUCACGGACACGGGGAUUGGAAUAGAUCCAUCGCACAUCCCGACACUCUUUGUACCAUUCAGCAUCGCAAGUCAACAGACCACACGAGAGUAUCAAGGAUCAGGUUUAGGCCUGUCUUUGAGUGCUAUGCUCGUCGAAGCUAUGGGUGGUGAAUUGAAAGUAGAAAGUCAACAAGGUCAUGGCAGUCGAUUCUGGUUUGAAUUGGUCGUUCCUACCCAACCGUCCAUUCAUACAGUCGACAUCAGUGACGAAAAUAACGAAUCGAAGCCUUUACCGACGAAUAGUCUCGAAUACUGGGAAAAAACUAGUCGUUGCCCAAACCAGAAAGCGGACCCUGCUUUGGUAAAACCGCAUUCUUUGGUAGAUCCAGAUAUUUUAGUAGAAGACCCACAAAGCUCUACUGGUGGUGUCGUCGGCAUUAGCCGACUACAGCCGUCAACCACUCUGACGGGAGUAGAAUAUCCGUAUCCGAUCUUGCCAGAGUCUGCUGCUUUGAUUCCAUCAGUCACACAACCAACUGCACCGACCACAUUUUUAUCAUCACCUCGCGGUAGCCAUGCAACACAGGAACACACUGUCGGUGCUCUUGUGGUUGAUGACUCGGAUGUCAAUCGCGCCCUUCUCAAACGUAUGCUGACACGUUUGAGGCCUCAUAUGCAAUUGCCUAUGGCUAAUGAUGGUCAGGAAGCUAUUGACUUCGCAGAGCAAUACAAGUACCAAAUCAUCUUCAUGGACUUGCAAAUGCCCAGAGUUGACGGUUGGACGGCCAUUGCCCAUAUUCGCAAAGAAGGCCUCAAUAUUGAGACUCCCAUCAUCAUCACUUCUGCCAAUACUGUCACAGAAAAAGAGCAAUCCUUUGCACAGUGUGGCGUCUUGGCCAAACCCUUUCUCGUCAAAGACUUAAAGGACAUUCUUGAUCGUUACCAUAUGUAA